UGUAUAGUAGUAAUUCUUAAGUUGCACAUUAUUUAACUUUUUUCAUACAUGUUGACACUAAUCAAUGAACAUAUCUCUGUGACCGAGUCAAUAAUAUCGGUCCAAGUUUUAUGCAUGCAACUAGCUUUUGGGUCACGGAUUUUCUACUACCAUUACCAUGGAAGCUUUUUUGAAGAAGGAAUUUGAAGUAGAGGCGAAAAAUCCAUCUACAGAGUCGCUGCGUCGUUGGAGAUCGGCGGUCUCGGUGGUGAAGAAUCCUCGGAGAAGGUUCCGCUUUGUUUCAAAUCCCACAGCUGAAGAAUUGAAGGAAAAGCUCCAGGAAGAUAUUCGGAUUGCCCAAAAUGUUCAAAAAGCAGCUUUGCAGUUUAUUGAUACUGUUUCUGGUCAACCUGAAAUCGAAACCACUCCUAAGCUUACUGAUUUUGGCAUUGAUCCCGAAUCGAUUGCACGCCUUGUUCGUAGCUAUGAUAGCAAAAGGUUGAAACUGAUUGAUGGUGUUGAUGGGGUUGCGAAACAACUCCGUGUCUCACUGGUUGAUGGUGUUAAUGAAGACAGCAUAAAUACCCGGCAACACUUUUAUGGGUUUAAUCGAUAUGCAGAAAAGCAUUCUAAAACUUUUAUCAUGUUUGUGUGGGAAUCACUGCAGGAUUUAACGCUCAUUCUUCUCACGGUUUGUUCUCUAGUUUUGAUAGGUGUAAGAGUUGCCACAGAAGGGUGGCCAGUGAGCAUGUAUGAUGAGGUGGGAGUUAUACUUGGUGUGUUCUUGGUGAAUAUCUUUACUGCUAUCAAUGACUACCACCAAUCAUUGAAGUUCAGGGAAUGGGACAGGGAGAACAAAAACAUUUUUGUUCAGGUCACCAGGGAUGGGAAAAGACAGAAAAUAUCAAUUUAUGACCUGGUAGUAGGAGAUAUUGUUCAUUUGUCAACUGGGGAUCGAAUUCCAGCUGAUGGGAUUUACAUAUUGGGAAACAGUUUAAACAUUGAUGAAUCGAGUUUAACAGGUCAGAUUGAAACAGUUCAUGUAAGGGAAGAUAAACCUUUUCUUCUUGCAGGAACAAAAGUGCUAGAUGGGUCAGGGAAGAUGCUAGUGACAACUGUUGGCAUGAGGACUGAAUGGGGAAAGUUAGUGGAAGUUCUGAAUGAGGAAGGACAAGAGGAAACCCCGUUGCAGGUGAAAUUGAACGGAGUUGCUACAAUUGUUGGUAAGAUUGGGUUGAGUUUUUCCCUUCUUACAUUUGUGGUGUUGGCUAUAAGGUUUCUAGUGGAAAAGGCACUUCAUGGUGAGUUUUCUAAUUGGUCUUCCAAAGAUGCAAUGAAACUGCUGAACUACUUCACUAUAGUUGUGACCAUGAUAGUCAUUGCUGUUCCUGAAGGCUUACCAUUGGCAGUGACGCUCAACCUUGCUUUUGCAACAAAAAAAUUGAUGAGUGAUAAUGUACUAGUGAGGCAUCUUUCUGCAUGCGAAGCAAUGGGUUCAGCCAGUUAUAUUUGCUUAGAUAAGACAGGGACGUUGACCACUAACCACAUGGUAGUCAAUAAACUAUGGAUAUCAGGAGAAGUUGUGGAGAUGAAAGGUAAUGAGAGUGGAGACAUAUUGAAAAUGAAGAUAUCUGAAGGAGUUCUAAGCAUACUUUUACAGGCUAUAUUUCAAAAUAAUGCUUCUGAAAUAGUUAAGGAUAAACAUGGAAAGAUCACAAUAUUAGGAACACCAACGGAUUCAGCAUUAUUGGAACUUGGUUUGCUUUUGGGGGUUGAUUUUGAUGUCCAAUGCAGAUUAUAUAAGAAACUUAAGGUUGAGCCUUUCAAUCCUGUCCAGAAGAAGAUGACUGUCCUUGUUAGUCUUCCUAAUGGAGGAGUAAGAGCUUUCUGCAAAGGUGCCUCAGAAAUAAUAUUAAAAAUGUGCGACAAAAUGAUUGAUUGCAAUGGAAUACCUAUUGAUUUCCUUGAAGACCAUGCCAAGAAUGUCUCUGAUGUUAUAAAUGCCUUUGCUUCUGAAACUUUGAGAACUAUUUGUUUGGCUGUUAAAGAUAUGAAUGCAAUCCCUGGCAAAGCUGACAUCCCAGAUAAUGGCUAUACACUGAUAGCCGUUGUAGGAAUCAAUGAUCCCAUGCGCCCAGGGGUUAAAGAUGUUGUUCAAACUUGUUCAGCAGCUGGAGUAACUGUUGCUAUGGUCACUGGUGAUGACAUAAAUAUAGCAAAGGCCAUUGCUACAGAAUGUGGUAUACUCACCAGUGGUGGUGUAGCCAUAGAAGGACCGCAAUUCCGUAACUUGUCUACAUGGCAAAUGGAAGUUAUCAUACCAACUAUUCAGGUGCUGGCACGAUUGCAACCACUUGACAAACAUUCCUUUGUAGCUAAACUCAAGAAUAUGUUUGGUGAGGUUGUUGCUGUUACUGGAGAUGGAACCAGUGAUGCUCCUGCACUGCAUGAGGCAGACAUCGGAGUUGCCAUGGGAUUAUCAGGAACAGAGGUUGCCAAAGAAAGUGCUGAUAUCGUUAUAAUGGAUGAUAACAUUACAACUAUUGUCAAUGUAAUCAAAUGGGGUCGUGCAGUAUACAUAAACAUUCAAAAAUUAGUGCAGUUUCAGUUAACAGUAAUUAUCGUUGCUCUUGUGAUCAACUUUUGUUCUGCAUCAGUCGCAGGAUAUGUCCCCCUAACAGCUGUGCAGUUGCUUUGGAUCAACUUGAUUAUGGACAUUCUCUGCGCAAUGGCCCUGGUCACUGAGCCACUUAAUGAUGGACUCAUGAAAAGGCCCCCAGUUGGAAGGGGAGUGGAAUUUAUCACCAGAGUAAUGUGGAGGAAUAUCAUUGGCCAAAGCAUAUAUCAAGUGAUUGUCCUAACUGUUCUCAACUUUGAGGGGAGGGAUAUACUGAGUAUAACUGGUUCAGAUGCAACUGAUGUUCUCAGAACUUUGAUAUUCAACUCCUUUAUAUUUUUCCAGAUUUUCAACGAGAUUAACUGCCGAGAGAUAGAAAAGAUAAACAUUUUCAAAGGCAUUCUUGAUAGCUGGGCAUUUUUGGUGAUUAUUUUCUCAACUGUGUCAAUUCAGGUAAUCAUAGUGCAGUUCCUUGGAACUUUUGCCUGCACAGUGCCUCUAAAUUUGAAACUCUGGUUAUUUAGUGUUUUAGUUGGUUCCACCAGCAUGUUUAUAGCUACUCUUUUGAAGUGCAUCCCAGUUAAAAGAGAUGUGAGUAUUCACCAUGAUAGUUAUGAGGCACUGCCUACACAUCUCUAGCUGGCAUAAAGUUCAGGAAGAAUAUGGUUUAUCCAUCCCAUUGUCUUUGUGAAUCCUUGUAUCAAAUUUAUCUUUGGCUUCUUGAAUAUUUUCUUUGUAACAGUGACAUCAUUAUCACGACCUUACCUCACGAAAAUACAUUGCACGAACUCAUAACAGGA